AUGAACACACCGGGAGAUAGCCAUCGCAAUCAAGUCUGGUAUGAUGCCGCGGCAGAGAGCGAACCGCUUCAGGUAGCUGGGAGCAGACCGGCCCACUGUGAGGGCCUCGCUCCCUUGACUCCGAGAGAAAGCAUCCAGAUCGGCUGCUUGAUCCCCGGGGUAUUGCAGCAAAACAAAGGCUGCCACAGAGCAGUGAAUGCAGCCGUGGCUGGUGGCCUUCAAAGCUUGAACAUCGCCAUCAGCAGUCAACAAGGGAGCAUGUUAGCGCGGAUUCAGUAUUUUCGCGGUCAGCUGGACGUCGUAUGCCCUGCCGGGCGCGCGGCCCCGAAGAUCGACUGGCAAGAUCGGAUGUGGGACGUCGAGAUGGAAGACGUGAGCGGCGCCCUCGAAGAAGUGGACGUCGAGAUGGAGGAUGCGACGCGUGCUGAGGUCGAUGUGGAGAUGGAGGAGGUGCGAGAAGAGAAAAACUUGCAGUCUUUAGAGAAGUUUCGUGGGGGAACAUUCGCUUAG